GUACAUCCGGUCUAAUGGCGUCGAGAGUCAAGCACUGUUGUCACAUUUUGUCCUACAGUGUUUCAAUAUUUCGCUUUGUUUAUGUCGUUCGAAUUCCGUGGGGAGAAGACGAGAAGUGCGGUCGGUCACGCAAAUUACGCUAAAUAGAGGUCAAAAAUACCUCUAUAGAUUGGUGGAAAAGACAGUGUGACAGACAAUUAUUAGUUAUUAAAUUGAACAUACUCAAUUAUGGAAGUUACAACAGAGGAAGCACAGGCUGUGCUUCUGGAAGGAAUGGAGGGUGCUCAAUAUAUCACCAUUCAGAGAGCUGACGGAGAAUCCUUGGGCAAAGGAGUACCACUGUUAACUCUGAACGGCGAAUUAAUCUCAGAAGGGAUGGUUGUAGAUAUGAUCAAUGCUGGUGUUGGCACCGAUUAUGGCACAGGUGCUCAGUAUUACGAGGCGGAUGAUUUGUUACCACACGAAUUGACAGAGAAUGUGAAUUGCGUGAUGCAGGAGGAUCGUAGUCUCGCUGAGGCUCUGGUUGCGGUACAGAUGCACCAGCAACAGAAACAACAACAGCUUCACAACAUUCAGCCUCAACAUGAAGACUCGACUCUGCCGGAUGUUUCUCACUUGGAGACUCUAGCACCAGUGAAUUCCUAUUCCAUUCAAACGGUGUCGGAAGCAAACACCACCCCGUCCGUAUAUCCGCCUUUGCAGCCUUUCAAGAGGAUUACGCAAAAUGUAAAGCAGGAAUUCAUUAAUGUUAAAAGUGAAUACGAUGUUGAGGUUUCCACAGAGAGCAGUGAAGAUGCCACAUCGGCAUCCGGACCUAAGAGAACUUUACCCCAUAAGAAAAGAAUACCUCGUAAACUAAAGCAACAACAAACAAAGAAAAAUGCGACGCGAAAGGAUAGUAGCAAAUCGAGUCAAGAAAAUAUGGCAGCUGAAUCGACUAGUGAAGCUCAGACGAAUGUCUUUAAGUGUGAAUUAUGUAGUUCUAAGUUUAACAGUCAAUUGAAGUUUUUCGAGCACUUAAAGGUGCAUUAUGAACCAGUAAAACAAGAGACACGAAUAGCUCAAGCAACAAAUACCAACAUUACGAUAUCGGUGCCAGAAACAGUGCAUACUUUAGAGAACACUGUAAUCGAAGAAUUCAGUGAACCUGAAGAUCUCAUGGAAGGCAUUCGAGGCGUAGUGGAGGAAACUGGCGCACAUAUUGAUGACGAUACAGACUCUCCACUGCCUACUACAAACAACGAAUCGACAAUAUGGAAGAGCAUCACCGACAGCAUUACGGUACAGGUACAACAGAGGGACCAACAAAUAAGACCAUCAGUCGCGAUUAGCGAGAACAAAAGCUUAGACGAGAAGGGAAAGACUGACAUUCCACAGACGGCUAAAAAAAAGAAGUCACCGAAAAUACGAAAGUCGAAUGACGAAUUAACGUGUCCUCAGUGCAAUCGUUCAUUCCACCAUAAAAAUAGCUUAGUCUACCACAUGCGAUCUCACAGCGGAGAACGGCCACAUCAGUGUGAUAUCUGCAAUAAACGUUUCUUCGCUGCUAGCGCGUUAAAAGUGCAUAAAAGACUUCAUAGCGGCGACAAGCCGUACAAAUGCGAGGAAUGCGGACGGCACUUUCGGCAAUGGGGCGAUUUGAAAUACCAUUCGAUGAGCAUCCAUUCGGAGCACAAACAGUAUCAGUGCGAGUACUGCGCCAAGGAGUUCGCUCGGAAAUACUCGUUGAUCGUGCACAGGCGUAUUCACACCGGCGAGAAAAAUUACCGCUGCGAAUACUGCAACAAAACGUUCCGGGCGAGCAGCUAUCUGCAGAAUCACCGUCGCAUACACACUGGCGAGAAGCCGCACGCGUGCGGAGUGUGCGGCAAGCCCUUCAGAGUGCGAAGUGACAUGAAGAGACACAUGCACACGCAUUCCCGGACAAAGACAAAUGACAAACAGUCGCUGAAUAGGAACUUGACAGGAAAAAAUGUGGAGGAUGUGGAGACCGACAAAGGAGCGCAGGCGAAAACGAUUCAGGAUCUCGUGAGAGAUCUGAAACUGGAGGUCGAGGCGACGGGUGUGGUAGAGAUCGUCCCGCCGGAUGACAAUCCGGAAAGUAUUUUGCCGCACACGGGUGGACAAAAUUUAGAAUACGCCGUCACAUCUACUGCGGACACUGUAGUAAACGCGGACAGAGAUCCUCUGGAAGCUGUUGUACGACCUGAUAACAUGCAAUAUUUUUUCAUAUAAUCUUGGAACGUCUUAUGAAAGGAAAAUGUAUUCCAUCGAAUGGAUGAAAUGGAUAAUUUGUGAAAGAUUUGAUUCUUUCAAUCUGUGGUGGAGCUAAAAAUAAUUGCAAUAGUUACUAUUAUUUGUAAUGAAAAGUUUGUAAUGAAAAGGAUGUAGCCAUAUUCGGAAAUGUUGAAUACCGAAAAUAUAUUUAUAACAAUUGUAAUUGCAUUUUGGAACAAAAUUUGUUCGGUUAUAUAUAACUAUAAAAUUUGAGUAUUUUGUAAAGUUUAAAGAUUUUUACCGUUUACUUUUGGAUAAUUUAAUAGAAACGACUGAUAAAUAAAUCGCAUUAACGCACUGCCUAUAAAUAAUGCAUAUUUUUCGAUUUCUUGAAAUAAAUAAAUAAUUUGCGUAUAAUUAAGAAUUAAAUCGUUAUUUUGCAAUAGAAUGGUAAGAUUCAUUAGA